ACAGUUGACAAUUAAACUUCGACAAGUAUGGGCGUUGUGUUUCUGCUUUUGUGAAAAUAAAGAAGAAAAAAACGCUUUAUACAUAAAUUACAUUUAUAAAAUAGUCAUUUCCACAAAAAUACAUAAUUGAAUAAAAAGUAAUUUAAUCGGUUGAACGAUGGUGGAUUAUAGUAAAUGGAAAGAUAUUGAAAUUUCAGAUGAUGAAGAUGAUACUCAUCCAAAUAUUGAUACACCAUCAUUAUUUAGGUGGCGUCAUCAAGCAAGGCUAGAAAGGAUGGAAGAACGAAAACGUGAACAAGAGGAACAUGAAAGAAAAAAAGCAGAAACCCUACAAAAAUUAAAAGAAACAGAGGAAAAACUUGCAAAAUUAGAAAGAGAACAAAAAGAUUCAGCAGAUUUGACAGCAUUAAAAAAAGUUCUAUAUGAUCUUGAACAAGAAGAGAAAAAAAUUCAAGAAAAAGAAGAGGAAAUGAAAAAAAAAGAGAAAUUAACACCUUGGAAUGUUGAUACUAUUGGUCAAGAUGGUUUUACAAAAACAGUAAUUAAUAAAAGACCACCAUGUAAAGGAGAUGACAAUGGUUUAUCAGAUGAAGAAAAAGAAAAAAAAAUGAAAGAAUUUGUAAAAGAAAAUGAAAAAAAAUUAAAAGAAUUUGGCAUGCUAAGAAGGUAUGAGGAUAGUAAGAAAUUUUUAGCAGAUAAUCCUGAUUUAGUAUGUGAAAAUACUGCAAAUUAUUUAGUUAUUUGGUGUAUUAAUUUAGAAAUAGAAGAAAAACAUGAUUUAAUGGAACAUGUUGCUCAUCAAUGUAUAUGUAUGCAAUGUAUUUUGGAAUUAUCAAAACAAUUAGAUGUUGAUCCAAGAGCAUGUGUAGGUUCCUUCUUCAGUCGUAUUCAAAAUGCUGAAUUAGAACAUAGAAAUUCAUUUGAAGAUGAAUUAAGAGCAUUUAAAGAAAGAAUACGUAAGAGAGCUGCUGAGAAAGUAGCAGAUGCUCUUAAAGAAGCUGAAGAAGAAGAAAAAAAGGCACGUCGUGGUCCAGGUGGUCUUGAUCCAGUUGAAGUAUUUGAAAGUCUACCAGAGCCUUUACAAAAAUGCUUUGAAACACAAGAUCAUGCUUUAUUACAAGAAACUCUAGCAGUAAUGCCACGACAAGAAGCACUUUAUCAUAUGAAACGAUGUGUUGAUAGUGGUCUUUGGUUACCAGAUGCAAAAGCUAAAGAAUUGAUAGAUGAAGCAUCUACAAAAGUUACAGGAGAAACGCCUAGUGCUGAAUAAUUACACGUGUCUGUAAAUAACAUGUGUUAACUUUCAUGACUCAUUUGUGCAAGUAUCCUUUAGUACCAUGAAUAUGUUAUAAUAAAAUAUUGUCAUUGGACAAUGAAUACAAAAUUUUUAUCUUUAUUGGCUUUUUCUUAUUGUAAUAAUAUUACACUAUUGUUAUGCUUUGAGUUAUUUUAAGACUGAAUUGCUGCAUAAUUUUGAGUUAUUAUAGGAAGUGUGAAUAUUAUAAACUGUUAAUUAAACAGAAUAAUUAUUUAGUAAUAUGUGAUAAAAUUUCCCCUAUAUAUUACAUUGAAUAAUUAAAAGUUCUGAUAUGAAUAUUUACAGGUAUUAA